UCUGGGUGAUUGAAUGCGACAACUAUCAACAACUCUUUAUACAAGUUGUAGUAGAGAAAGAGAUCCAAACAAGUAUCCGAUCGAAACCUAUAUUAGGGCCCGUAUGGAUCCGUUCAGCGGGAAACUGAGGCCCACGAGAGAUAAAACGGUGGCGUAUUACGGAUGGAAAAGCUUCAUCAUCUUCUUCCUCAGCUAUCUCCUUACUGAAUAGGGUUUUGAAGGGACAAGGUUUAUCUCGAUAAUGGAGUCUCUGGGAAGAUUACAGCCAUUUCACCUUUCCUUCCCGAAACACCCAUCAUUUCCCCCCUUCAGACCAUUAAUCCGACCAAACUCCUCUUUCAAACACACUCCAAUCAAAGCUUCCUCCUCCAAAUCCCAAAACCCUAUCACCCCUCUCCACAAGUCCACACCUUUCCGCCUCUUCAAGUCCACAUGCAUCACUCUAACAACCGCCGCCGCCCUCCUCUUCGUCAACCUCCGGCUCAAACCUCCGGCGAUUGCAGCUCCCGUCGCGCCUCCUCCGUCAACGGAAAGCAAAGAACACAUGACCUUGGAAGAAGAGGAGAGAGCGCUUGAAGAGCAUUUAGCAACUCACCCUCCUGACGUAGACUCUCUUCGUUCCUUAAUGGAGGUAAAGAUCAGAUCUCGAAAACUCACAGAAGCGGUAGAAGUAGUCGACCGUUUGAUCAAACUAGAACCAGAAGAACCAGAAUGGCCUGUCCUUAAAGCUAACAUCUUUACAUACAGUGGAGAGAUAGACUCAGCUACAGCUUCAUUCGAAGAGAUUCUUGCUAAGGACCCUCUUCGCGUCGAAGCUUAUCACGGCUUGGUCAUGGCUUACUCAGAUGCAGGCCUGGACUUGAAAGAGGUGGAGAGUAGAAUCGAAGAAGCAAUGCUGGGAUGCAAGAAGGAGAAUAAUCACAACGAUUUUCGAGAUUUUAAGCUUCUUUUGGCGCAGAUUCGGGUGAUUGAAGGGAAGCAUAGUGAAGCAUUGAAGCUUUAUCGAGAGCUUGUGAAAGAAGAGCCAGGAGAUUUCAGACCGUAUCUUUGUCAAGGAGUUAUAUACAUGUUGCUGAAGAAGAAAGAUAAAGCAGAGGAACAGUUUGAUAAGUUUAGAGAACUUGUGCCUGAGAAUCAUCCUUACAGAGAGUAUUUCAUGGAUAAUUUGAUUGCUUCCAAGCUUUUCUCAGAGAAGACGCAGCGCGAGAUGGCUGGAUCAGAGAGUUGAUUUGUUUUGGUGGAUCAUAUUGAGAUGAAUAAUGUUUAGUUGAUUUUGAUGCUUUCUCGUAGAUGUUUGUUUAGUUGGUUUUUACAAGGAUCAUAAGUUGAACACUUGGAUUUGAAUCACAAUCUCCUGUGCACAUGGUCUA